AUGACAAGUACAUUACCUGUGAGAGGUCGUCGGACACACCGUAAAUCACGGCAUGGUUGCCAGCAAUGCAAGGCCAGGAAAAUCAAAUGUGAUGAGGUCAAGCCGACCUGUAGAAAUUGCAGCAAACACGCAGUAGACUGCAUAUAUUCCCUCCCAAGCGGAGGAAGUCCUGCACAAUCUCAAACGAGUGAAAAGGCAUCUCCGCAGGCCACAACCCACGCCAGCUGUGCAUCUUCAGACCUAGCAGUGCACGAUCUGGAGCUUUUGCAUCAUUUCUCUACCUCCACUGCCUACACCUUCUCCCGCCAUCCAGCACUGCAAACUUUUUGGCGAAUCGAUGCACCGCAGGUCGGGUUUGGCGCCCACUACACACUCCGCGCGAUGCUAGCCAUCUCCGCCCUCCACCUGGCUUACCUUCGACCGGCACAACGGCAAUUCUACGUGUCUCAGGCAGAGCGUCAUCACAAUGUGGCACUAAAAUUCGUGACCUCGAACAUGACACAACUAAUGAACGAGAAUAGCUCAGCGGUCUUCCUGUUCUCCGUUCUCACUAGCUUUUUCUCCUGCGCCCAGCCCCGCAAACUCGACGACCUGCUUCUCUUCCAGCAGGGCCGAAUCUCCGAGUGGCUGGUCCUCUUCCGCGGAGCGGGGACCAUAGUCGAAUAUGCGCAGGAGGAACUCCGAUCGGGACCAUUGGCAGCGUUGCUGAGUAUUCGGCAGCGCCGAUCUGAGUACCGCGACACCCUCUCGACCCAGGGGCAACCCUUCAUGAACGAUUUGGAGGAGUUGGUCCGAGAAGAGGUCAAAGACCAGCGGGAAUUACAAAUUUACCUGGGGGCAAUACAGGAAUUGAGGGUUUCGUUUGCGCUCUGGUCGGAUACCGGGCCCUCGGAGACGGGGGAUGUCUUUGUCUGGUUGCUGCGGGUGUCAGAAGAGUUUCUUACUCUCCUCCGAGAGCAGCAACAUGUCGCACUGGUGAUAUUCGGGUACUUCUGUCCCUUGCUCCGGCGAUUGGAGUGGAUGUGGUGGCUGGAGGGGUGGAGUGUGCAUUUACUUUCUCGGAUCCAUGGGCUGCUGGACCAGGAGCAUCGCACUUGGAUCCAGUGGCCGAUGGAACAACUGGGGUGGCGGCCUUGA